GAGACUCACGCGACUUGCGAGUUGUCCCCAAUUCUGUGGAUGAAGGAAGAAGAGAUAAGAAUAGGGGAAAUGGUGGGAAGGAUGGCUAUCGUUCCUUCCAUCUCCUUCGUCCUCUUUCUCUUUCUCAGUCUUUGUCUUCUCCCUUCUGCGAUUUCUUCUUCCCACCAAUCUGGAUCGGAGUUAGAGACCUUCAUCAUCCACGUCUCGUCAUCAGAGAAACCACCGGUGUUCGCGACCGACCAUCACUGGUACGCCUCAAUUCUCCGAUCUCUUCCUCACUCACCUCACCCUUCCCAAAUCAUCUAUACCUAUAAACACGCGGUCAAUGGAUUCUCCGUUCGCCUCACUCAUUCUCAGGCGGCCCAGGUUCGCCGGCUUCCAGGUGUACUCUCCGUCAUCCCUGACCAGAUCCGCCAGCUCCACACCACCCACACCCCUCAAUUCCUCGGCCUCUCUGAUGUUUCCGGUCUCUGGCCCAAUUCCGGUUACGCCGAGGAUGUCAUCAUUGGCGUACUUGAUACUGGAAUCUGGCCUGAGCGCCCCAGCUUUUCCGACUCUGGAUUGUCCCUUGCACCAUCUACUUGGAAGGGCAUCUGCGAAACCGGGCCUGAUUUCCCGGCUUGUAGCGGGAAGAUCAUAGGUGCCAGAGCUUUCUACAAAGGGUACGAGGCCGCCAUGGGAAGGCCUGUGGAUGAGUCCGUCGAAUCCAAGUCUCCCAGAGACACCGAAGGUCACGGCACCCAUACCGCAUCUACGGCCGCCGGAUCUACCGUUGAAAAUGCUGGUUUAUUCAAAUACGCGGUCGGAGAAGCGAGAGGGAUGGCCACGAAGGCGAGGAUUGCUGCCUACAAGAUCUGUUGGAGCGUAGGUUGCUUCGACUCCGAUAUACUGGCUGCCAUGGACCAAGCCGUCGCCGAUGGUGUCCAUGUUAUCUCUCUAUCUGUUGGAGCCAGUGGCUUUGCCCCUCCUUACGACUAUGAUUCAAUUGCGAUCGGAGCCUUCGGGGCCGCCCAGAAUGGCGUGCUUGUUUCCUGCUCGGCUGGAAACUCUGGCCCCGGUACUUACACUGCCGUGAACAUCGCCCCUUGGAUUCUCACCGUCGGUGCCUCCACUAUAGAUAGAGAAUUCCCGGCAGAUGUGGUCCUAGGCGAUGGAAGGGUCUUCGGCGGAGUCUCUCUUUACUCGGGCGAUUCUCUCGACGGAUUGGAAUUCCCCCUUAUCUAUGCUGCCGAUAGCGGCAGCAGAUAUUGCUACUCUGGGGGACUCGAUUCGUCCAAAGUAGCUGGUAAGAUCGUUAUCUGCGAUCGCGGUGGUAACGCGAGAGUGGAGAAAGGAAGUGUUGUCAAGGCCGCUGGCGGUGUUGGGAUGAUAAUGGCGAACACAGCCGAGAGCGGGGAGGAGCUUAUCGCCGACUCUCAUCUCAUCCCUGCUACCAUGGUUGGCCAAAUGGCAGCUGACAAGAUCCGUGACUACGUCCGAUCGAAUCCAUCACCGACGGCCACCAUCGUCUUCCGGGGAACAGUGAUAGGCGCCUCACCCUCUGCUCCCAAAGUCGCCGCCUUCUCAAGUCGUGGUCCGAACCACCUGACGCCGGAAAUUCUCAAACCGGACGUCAUAGCUCCAGGAGUCAACAUCCUAGCCGGUUGGACCGGUGCUAUAGGUCCGACCGAUCUGGACAUCGACCCUAGGCGCGUGGAUUUCAACAUUAUAUCAGGUACCUCCAUGUCCUGCCCUCACGUAAGUGGCUUAGCGGCUUUGCUUAGGAAGGCCCACCCGCAGUGGAGCCCAGCUGCCUUGAAAUCUGCCCUCAUGACCACAGCUUACAAUCUUGACAACUCCGGUAAUAACUUCACGGAUCUUGCCACCGGCGGUGAAUCCUCACCGUUCAUCCACGGUGCGGGCCACGUUGAUCCAAACAGAGCCUUAGAUCCAGGUUUGGUCUAUGACAUCAGUGUCAGUGAGUACGUGGCAUUCCUUUGUGCCGUUGGAUACGAUUCAAAGCAGAUAGAGAUCUUCGUGAGGGACCAUUCCCCUGUGGACUGUGCUUCGCACUCACCAAACUUUGGUAGUCCCGGUAAUCUCAACUACCCAUCCUUCUCCGUGAUGUUUGGACCUGGAACUGACGUGGUAAGCUAUACUAGGGUAGUUACAAACGUUGGGAGUUCGUUGGAUGUGGUUUAUGAGGCUAAGGUUUGGGGUCCAUCCACGGUUGAGAUCACAGUUUCGCCGAGUAAGCUAGUGUUCAAUGCGACAAAUCAGAGCUUGUCAUAUAGGAUCACAUUCUCCUCCAGCUCGAUCAAAGAUCCGACGGCUGCAUUGGCCGCGGCUUUUGGUGGGAUUGAAUGGAGUGACGGGACCCACAUUGUAAGAAGCCCGAUCGCAAUCAGAUGGGGUCAGAGCUUCGACUACGGUAUCUCAUCUUAUGUGUCCGGUAGUAACAGUGAAUCAGGGAGGUCUGUGCUCUAAUUAUUUGGUUUUGAAGAGGAAGAAGCAGCUGUGCUUUAUCAAGUGGAAAAUAUAGAUUGUCUAUUUAUUUUUAGUGUAAAAUUGCUUUGAAUAGGUUGUAAAAAUUACGCCCUCUCUCUUGUAUUUUGUUGAAAUUACAUAUGGAUCUAAACGUUUGAAGGAA